CCGUCAACUACACUAACUCACCACCAUGGAUUUUGAAGAAGCCGAGGACAUCAACGGAGUCCGUUUCGCCUGGAACGCCUUUCCUUCCACAAAGGUGGAGGCAGGCAAGAUUGUGGUUCCCACCGGCGCGUUGUACACUCCUUUGAAGUUCAGAGAGGAUUUACCUAUUGCCGCCUAUGAUCCAGUCUUCUGCACCAACCAAAACUGUAAAAGUAUCUUCAAUCCAUACUGUACCAUUGAUCCUACUGGAAACUGGCACUGUCCUUUGUGUUCUUUCAGAAACCCAUUGCCCGUCCACUACCAAGGCAUUUCCCAAGAGAACCUUCCAUUGGAACUCCAACCAACCAGUUCCACCAUUGAAUACAUCACUGCAAGACCAGUGCAAAAUCCACCCAUCUUCUUUUUUGUCAUCGACUUGUGCCAAGAUGAAGACAACUUGAAAGCAUUGAAAGAGACCUUGGUGAUUUCCUUGAGCUUGUUACCUCCUAAUGCAUUGAUUGGUUUGAUCACCUACGGAACCAUGGUCCAAGUCCACGACUUGGGCUCUGAAAAAAUCAACAGGUCUUACAUUUUCCGUGGUGAUAAGGAAUACACCGACAAGCAAAUCAGUGAUAUGUUGAAUAGACCAACCUCCUCGCCCCCAGGUCAACCACCUCAAUUUGCCAACUCUUUGACUAGAUUCUUCUUGCCUGUGGAAGAUGUGGAGUUCCAAUUGACCUCUCUUUUGGAGAACUUGUCCAGGGAUCCAUGGACUGUCGCCAAGGAUGCUAGACCUUUAAGAUCAACAGGUUCCGCCUUGAACGUUGCCACCAACUUGUUAGGUUUGACUUACGCCGGGUUUGGUGCUAGAAUUAUGUUAUUCUCUGCUGGCCCAGGUACUUUGAGUCCCGGUUUGAUUGUGGGUGCCCAAUUGAAGGAGCCAAUUAGAUCCCACUCUGAUAUUGACAAGGACAGUGCUAAGCACUACAAGAAGGCCAUCAAAUUCUAUGACUCCAUUGCAACCAGAGUCGUCAAGAACGCCCACACCAUUGAUAUUUUUGCCGGUUGUUACGAUCAAAUUGGUAUGCUGGAAAUGAAGAACUUGUGUAACCAAACUGGUGGUACUCUCUUGUUGUCCGAUGCUUUCACCACUUCUAUUUUCAAGCAAUCUUUCUUAAGAUUAUUCAACAAAGAUAGCGAGGGUUACUUAUUAAUGGGCUUCAACGGUACCUUCGAUAUCAAGACCUCUAGGGAAUUGAAGGUGAGCGGUAUAAUUGGACACGUUGCUUCCUUAGGAGUCAAAACUCCAAAUGUUUCUGAAAAUGAAUUAGGAAUUGGUGGCACCUCUCAAUACAAAUUGUGUUCAGUUUCUCCUCAGCAUUCUUAUGGGGUGUUCUUCGAUGUGGUGAAUGCACAAGCUUUGCCACAAAACUCUCAAAGUUACAUUCAAUUCAUCACUCAUUACCAACACUCAUCUGGUACUUACAGAAUUAGGGUCACCACAAUCUCAAACUUCUUGACCAGUGAUGAACAAACUUUGACCAACUCUUUUGACCAAGAAGCAGCAGCAGUCUUGAUGGCUAGGGUUACUUUGUUCAAGUCAGAACAAGAUGACGGAGCCGAUGUUUUGAGGUGGAUUGACCGUAUGUUGAUUAGAUUGUGUCAAAAAUUCGCUGACUACAGGAAGGACCAAGAAGAAUCUUUCAGAUUGGGACCCCAAUUUCAAUUAUAUCCUCAAUUCAUAUACUACUUGAGAAGAUCCCAAUUCUUGCAAGUUUUCAACAAUUCUCCCGAUGAAACUGCAUUCUACAGACACGUCUUAUUGAGUGAAGAUACCAACAACUCCUUAAUUAUGAUUCAACCAACCUUGACUUCUUUCUCUUUGGAAGGUGAACCAGAAGCUGUCUUGCUUGAUUCUGUUUCAAUCAAGGACGAUAGAAUUUUAUUAUUGGAUACGUUCUUCCACAUUUUGAUCUUCCAUGGUAAGACUAUUUCUCAAUGGAGAAAGGCUGGUUACCAAGAUCAACCAGAGUAUGAAAGCUUUAAAACUCUAUUAGAGGAGCCAAAACAAGAAGCUGCAGAAUUGUUGGUUGAUCGUUACCCAUUACCAAGAUUCAUCGACACCGAAGAAGGUGGGUCACAAGCAAGAUUCUUGUACUCCAAGUUGAAUCCAUCCACCACUUACAACAGUUCGGAUCUUAUUACUAAUAACGGAGCUAUUGUUUUGACUGAUGAUGUCUCAUUACAGGUGUUUAUGAGCCAUUUACAAAAGUUGGUGGUGAGCGGAUCAAGCUAGUAUUGUUCCCAAAGUCGUAUAGCGAAUGUCAUGCAUAAUAGGAAAUUGAUGUAGCCCGAGUCCUAGUGAUGUGUGGCUUCAUGCCAACAUUCAUAAUCUGAUUCAUAGAUUUGACGGUUCAGAUACAACAGGUUGGAAAUUGUAGUUGUAUUGAAGAACCAAUAGUUUUUGACAAUACUGACCCAAUAUUGCGUCACAGAUAACCCACUUGUUAAGUUUCUCACUUUUGCUGUUUUAUGGAUACUCUCGGAGCAUAGAGCAAGUGGGUAUCAUUUAAGGAAGCUUUGUAAUUGUUUUUUAAUAAUAGAAAUAACU